AUGUUCUUCUUCAGUACCUGCAACAUUCUAAUUCCUAAUUCCAUGAUUGCUGGGCACAUUCUUCUCGAGAUUCUUCCUCAUCCACCCCUGACUAAUCAAAUCCGACCCUUUUUGUUUCAGAUCCUAAGCGAACCCUGGCGACUGUCGACCAGCCAGACUCCCAUCCGCCAGUGCAGUUCUUGCUUCUACCCGUCAGACUACCUGGGCAUCACAGCCACACCCGGGGGCGGUUUUGGGCCAGUUACCGCCGACGGCUACGGCGUGUCCUACAUCUUCGCCGGAGAAGACCACAUUUUUCUCCACAUAUCCUCCUACAGAACCUCAAAAGAGACGGUAGGCUCCAGUUCAUGGAAGAAUGUGGUGUAUUCCUUCCCACGCCCACUAUUCUUGAAAGUCAUGAAUGAGUAG